UUCUAUCAACAGAAUAGAUCAACCCUAGAUUUGAUCGAAGCUCUCUCUCUCUAUCACCACACCUAUCCCAUGGCGGGGAAGAGAUUAAUCCAAGAUCAAGAAUCAGACCAAGAAAACAUAACGGAGAAACGGAUGAAAUCACUACCACUCUUUGCCUCUGUGUUUGGAUCAUUGAAUACUGAGAACACCAUGAAGAGCCUUUCGUUAGCCCUAGAGCCUGUUCUGAGAAAAGUUGUAAGACAAGAAGUAGAACAUGGAAUAAGUAAAAGACUUCGAUCAUUUUCUCGGUCACCGUCAUUUUGUGUUGAAGCUCGGGAGAGUAUUGCUCCGACAUUAAAGCUAAUGUUUGCAAAGAAUCUAAAGAAACCAAUAUUCACGGGAAGUAAAAUCAUUGACGAGGACAACAAUCCACUUCAGGUCAUCCUUGUUGAUGACUCAAACAAUGAUCAUUCCAUCGCUCCGGUGAAUCUCGACCGGCCGAUCAGACUAGACAUCGUUGCCCUUCAUGGAGAUUUUCCCUCAGGUGAUAAGUGGAGUAGUGAUGAGUUUGAUCGUAACAUCGUCAAAGAAAGGGAUGGUAAAAGGCCGUUACUUGCUGGAGAUGUAACUGUGACCGUGAGAAACGGCGUUGGUACUAUUGGAGAUAUUGAGUUUACCGAUAACUCUAGUUGGAUUCGUAGCCGAAAGUUUAAAAUUGGCGUGAAAGUUGCGAAAGGGAGUAGCUGUCAAGGCGUUGCGGUUUGUGAAGCAAUGACUGAAGCAUUUAAUGUUAGAGAUCAUCGUGGAGAAUUGUACAAGAAACAUCACCCACCAAUGUUAGAAGACGACGUGUGGCGACUAGAGAAGAUAGGCAAAGAUGGGGCCUUUCACAAGAAGCUCUCUGCUGAAAACAUCAACACUGUUCAAGACUUUUUGAAGUUAUCCGUCGUUGACCUGGACAGACUCCGUCAAAUUUUGGGCCAAGGAAUGUCUGAUAAAAUGUGGGAUGUCACAUAUAAACAUGCUCGAGAGUGUACAUUAGGAAAUAACUUAUACAUUCACAGGGGACCUAAUUUUUUGUUGACCUUGAAUCCAAUAUGCGAAGUGAAGGAAGCGGAGAUCAAUAGUCAGGUGUUUUUUAGUGGAGAAGCGCUGAAUCAGCUCUAUAUUAAGAGGCUAGCUCGACAAGCUUACUCACAGUGGGAUUUGUUAGAAGUGGUUGAAAGAAAAGCGAACGAGGUUCCACUUUUGACACAAGGUCAAACUAUGGACCAGCAAUAUGGUGCACACCACUACCACAACAUUGAAAUCAACAAAUCGUAUCAACAAAACGGAUAUGCUCUAGAGAGAUCUCCUAACAAUUUGGAGAUGAUAAACGAAGGGUAUAUUACGACCACUCCAAUGGAAUUCGGUGUAUGUUUCAACGUUACUGGAUCUUCGUCCCAAAGUCAUAUGAACCCUUUCGAAAAUCCUCAUCUACGUUAGUAUUGGAAUAAGAAGCCUGUUGUGCCUUCGCACGAUGGUUAGACUCUUUCCAAAUAAGGGUGUAAUUUACUAUGUAUACAAUGGUAAAAACAUGGAUUAUAUAUAAUAUAUAUA